GGGAGAGAGAGAGAGAGAGAGAGAGAGAGAGAGACGUACUCUUUGGGAGCUUGUCAGUGAUCCGGUGAUCCGGUGAUUAGUUAUAUUUCUAAUGUUCUAAGAAGAUAAUUAAGGAACGACAGUAAAAGCAAGGAAGGCUGAAAUUAAUGUAAUUUAAGAGAAACGAACUCGCUUUACGAUGAUAAUCCGGAAAAAAAUGUGGCCGCGGACUAUUAGCGAUCUGCUAUCGAUGGCCUUCGUCCUGAUUGUAGUACCUCUCAUGUACUGGUUUGGAUUGUGGAUAGUUCUGCCAGAAUUGUACAAGGACGAGAGCUUGACGUACAUGUUCCAUUUCGUCCUUGGCAACUUCAUUAUGUUGAAUAUCGUAGGUAACUUUACAUAUACGGUACUGUGUGAUACCAGCACCGGUGGAUCUGGGCAGAUAGUAUCAGUAAGCACUGCGAAGCCAGCGGAUGGUUGGAGGCUUUGCGCAGCCUGCGAAUGCUUGUCACCGCCACGUUCGUGGCAUUGCAACACCUGUGAUACCUGCAUCCUCAAACGCGAUCACCACUGCGUGUUCACUGGCUGUUGCAUAGGCUAUUACAAUCAUAGAUACUUUGUCAUGUUCCUGUGGUACUUGUUCCUUGGUGCAGCGUAUGCUUUCUACUACGGCAGUCUCUUCAUUUGGAGCAGGAUACCCUUCGAAUUUCCAAUGUCUAUCAUCAAGAUGGUCUUUCCCGUUGCAAUCUUCUUCUUUGGCUUCGAUAGCUCCAUCGAUCAAUUCUACUUGUUGCUGGGUGUUGUGGGCAAUGAGAGCAACAGGAAAGAUUUUACGUACAAUAUGGGUUGGAAGGACAACAUUAGAGAGGUAUUUGGAGAACGGUGGUAUCUAACAUUGCUGCUUCCUUAUAUAAAGUCACAGUUGCCUCACGAUGGAGUUUCAUGGCAUCACUUGUGCUUGAAAAAAGAUUGAAUUACUGUGAUUAAGUGUUAUGAUUUUUUUCAAAUUAUGAAAUGUAUUACAAAUAUUAACGAGUAUCCAAGAUAUCUUGAUGGUCAAAGAACAGACUAAUUUCAAUGAUUAAAAAGACUUUGACUUUUUUAAAUAAAGCAUACUACUGUGGUAACUGAAGUAAUUAAUAAUUUAUUAUACUUUAUAAAGCGUAUCAUCUAUUCUGUAUAACUAUCUAUGUUGUAAACAAGAUUUAUAUCAAACACAA